GUUUGAGUCCUGGCCUUUGUCAGAUUGUCUCACACACGGCCAGUGGCGGCACCCACACUCCUGAGACCUGGGUCCUGCUCAAGUUUGGACAGAAGACUCCACGUCUAGAAACCUGAAGAGCCUUAAGGAAAACCUGUAGGAAAUCCUUGACUUGUGCUCAGAACCAGAACGUCCUCAUGGCAGUAUCAGUGGGAACAAGAGUCGCAUCUGAACUCGCUGAUUUACUCACAGAGAAAUUCCUCAGAAGGGAUCUGAAGAGCCUGAUAACUGAAGAUGGAGUCUGGAAGGCAUUUGUGGAGGCAGCAGGGUUGUCAAGCGAGGAGGAAGCUGCACUGCAUGAUGCACUGAAGGAGCGUUUAGCACAGGAGCCCACAGAUGAAAAGGACAGGCUUGAGAAAAGGAGGUUUUUGGAAGAAUUUCCUGAGUUGAAAAGGAAGCUUGAAGAACACAUCAGGAGGCUCCGAGACCUGGCUGACCAUCUUGACCAGGUGCACAGGGGCUGCACCAUCUCCAAUGUGGUGUCCGGCUCUGUUGGCACUGCCUCUGGAGUACUGGGCAUCCUUGGAUUAGUUCUGGCCCCCUUCACAGGAGGGGCCAGUCUGCUGCUCUCAGCAACUGGGGUGGGGCUAGGAGCAACAGCAGGUGUGACAGGUGCCACCACCACCAUUGUGGAAGAAUCAAUCAGAAUGUCAGAUGAGGCUGAAGCCAGGCGCCUAGUUGGGGCCAGCCAGAAUAUAAUUAAGGAGAUUCUUAAUAUCAUCCCUAAGUUCACAUUUAAAUUAAUUAACACAGGUGUGGAUUUAGUCAGUGCCUGGAAAACCAUAGGUCAGCAGAUCCGUGCCAUCAGGGUGGCCAGGGCCAGUUCUCGCUCAGGAACACAGGCCAGGAAUCUCAGAAACUUUGCCCAAGGUUUUGAGCAGGCCUUGUCUGGCUUGGCUCUUCCAAUGACCAGAGGAGCCAGAUUUAGAGCAGCAGGUUUAGGUCUUGUCUCACUUGGAUUGGAUGUGUAUCACCUUGUGAUUGACUCAAUGGAUUUGCACAAUGGGGCAACAACAGAGUCAGGGGGAGCGCUGCGGGACCUGGCUCACAAGCUGGAGGAGAAGUUGCGGGAAUUUGAGCAGAUCCACAGGGAUCUGCAGUCAUACCUGUAGCUGGAGUUUUCUCUCCGGGUCCCGCCGAGCCCCGGCAGUCUGACAGCCCACUUAUAAAAUAAACACAGAGAUGCUUAUAUUAUUUACAAACUGUAUGGCCGUGGCAGGCUUCUUGCUAACUGUUCUUAUAUCUUAAAUUAACCCAUUUCUAUAAAUCUAUACCUUGCCACAUGGCUCAUGGCUUACCGGCAUCUUUACAUGCUGCUUGUCAUGGUGGCGGCUGGCAGUGUCUCCCUCACUCAGCCUUCCACUUCCCAGAAUUCUCCUCUCUCCUUGUCCCGCCUACUUCCUGCCUGGCCACUGGCCAGUCAGUGUUUCAUUUAUACAGAACAAUAUCCACAGCAAUACCUGCCUCAGUGACCCCCUCCCUCAAGGAGCUAAGAGUCCAGGGGAGAUGACAUGUACAGGGGUGGGGAUGAGGAGGCAUACGACAUAGCCUGAGUCUAGGGAACUGACUGUUGAGGAGUUUGUGUUUCUGUGUCCAAGCACAGCAAGGUCAAUGCAGACAGCCAGUGACUCACAGAGAAGACAGAAACUGGAGUCUAAAAUGAAGGGCCAGAGUGGAAAUGGGACUGAAUCAUGGUGGGUGUGAACAGGGAGGGCUGUACGAGAACAUGCCAGUGGCCAAGUCAGAGGAGCAGCAGGUGGCAAUUGCAGAUGGAGGUGUCAAACCACCAGACGGAAAAUCCUGAUGGACGAAUCUCAGGGUGAAUCCCAGCUAGCUGAGGCCCCAUGACCACAGACUCCAGAAUGUCUUUAGCUUCUCCUGUGUCUUCACACGUUUGCUGCUGGCAUCUUCCUCUGGUAUCUGGCGUGGUGUGAAUGGGUGUGUCAAGUAGCUUUGAGGUGAAAAACCCAAGAAGACCAUCUAAAGUUUUAAAAAGGCACAUAGUUGAGUGAGGAACUCCUUAAGGUCCGGGAACAAGAACAAAGCAGGCCAAUUAUCAUUAGCUGAUGUGCCUUUCUUGUUUGGAUACAUUGAUGACCAAAUGUGAUGAUUAAUUCCUUAUAUCCAUUUCUGCCCUCAAUAUCCUGAUUAAAAAAAAAAACUAUUGAUGAGUGGGUAUGCACCCUAAAGGUUUAACACAGAGCUUACUGAUUCUUUUUCAUAUACAAAAGUUUGGAUUUGUGGUUCUUUUAAAAUUACCUUUUGAGAUAAGUAAUAAAGUAAUUGAUUCUUUCUUUGUAACUGCGAAAUGCAGCCUGUUAGUGGAAUAUCUUGCUUGCUUACACUCUGUUAAUCUACAAGUUGCUUGGGCAUGAAUGUAUGUGGGUUCUUGGGGAUAAUUUGUUUUUCACCUGUAAUACGUAAAAUGUUUAAUCAUGUAAAGGAUAUGGAAAACAUGCUGAUUCUUACUUAUAUUCAUUGUAAUCAUUCAUGUGAACAACAUAAUGUAACCGCAUUGUAAUUUCUAUAUUGUCUGAAAGAUUCUGUUGGGGUAUAAAAGCUAAAGAGAAAGAAUACAGAAGAAGGAGAAGGAAAACAUUAGGAAUGAGAUAAUAAGGAAGAAUAAAGACAGAGUUAGAAGGAAAACAUCAAGAGAGACAGAAGGGACAUGUCUGGAUAGAGAUAAGAAAAGAGAAUAGAAAAUACAAAAGAAGAAUAAAGAAAAGGUCAAAAGAAAACCAUCAAGAGAGUGUGUGUCCAAAACAAAGGAUAACCAGGAUACAAUUCACAACCCCAGAGAACCUAGCAGCAGGAAGCUAGAGAAAGGGCUUGGAAAAUAAGGAGAAACUAAAAAAGCCAUGUUGUGUCUAAGGCAGGGCACAGACUCCCCAUUACCAUUCCCCCUUUGGAGAAGGUCAGCUACUGUCACUGAGAAUGUGUUCCAGCACCCUUGGAAAUUUCCUCACUUGCUCCAGAUUUGGGGCCCAAGUUGGAGUAGCCACUUACACACUACUGGUGGUUUAGGAGCCAUGGGUACCAGGACAGGGAUGGGGAGGAAGUGGUCUGCACUUGGCUGUGCUGGGGGGAGGUCUUUUGCUCCACCCCUUGG